AUGAACGAUCAAACAGCAGAUUUAUCUUCAAUUGAUUCAUUUCAUGUUGGUCGACGUCGUAAACCAAAUUUUACUGAUCAUGAAGUUUUGUAUAUAAUUGAUCAAUAUGAUAAUUAUAAAGAAUGUUUACAUUCUCGUGAAGCAUCCAAAAGUGUUAUAGCACAAAAACAAGCUAUAUGGAAACAAAUAACCGAUAAUCUCAAUACAAACUAUCCACAAGUUGAACGAACUGUUGAAGAUGUACGACGAAAAUGGAAAAAAUUACAAAGUGAAGCUAAACGUGAAUCAGCUGCUUAUCGUGCAGCACAACUAGCAGGUACAUCAACAUCAAUAUCAAAUAAACAAUUGAACGUAUAUAAUCGUAUUUUAAAUAUUUGUCGUGCACCAGUAACAUCUACAUCUCAUUUUCCUCCUAAUGCUACGCUAGCUGCUGCUUUACAACAUCAACAAUUAUUACAACAACAUCAUCAACAAAUACAACAGUCAAAUAUGAAUAAUAACAAUAAUAAUAAUCAUCAUGAUAUGUCAUUUAAUGAACAGUCAUCAGAUAAAGUUGAUUCUCCAUCAUCAGAUCUUGGUAAUGGUAUCAGUGUUCAAUUAGAUUCUCCAGGUGAUGAAAGUGCUAGUCUACUUGGUAAUGAAGAUAAUUCACCAAGUCCAAUAACAAAUUAUCAAUUAACAUCAAAUAUUCAAUCAUAUCAACCAGCACAUUUAUCAACAGUAGCAAUAUCAAACAAUGGUCAAAUAUCAAAACGUACAUUAGAUAAACGACGUAAAUUAUUAAAAUCAUCAGUAAAUCAACAAGUUAUUAAUAAUACAAGUAAAUCAUCAUAUGGACAACCACAGCAGCAGCAGCAGCUACAACAACAACAGCAACAAAAUUCACUUCGAUAUGAGUCAUUGAUCAAACGAAAACGGACACUUGAGUUAACAAGUCAAAGACUUGUUUACGAUAAGGAACGUUUAUUAAUCGAAAGAAAAAAUCUUGAUAUUAAAUUAGCUACGAAUGAAUGUGAAAAUGAACGUAUUGCUAUUGAAAAACGUCGUACAGAACUUGCAUUACAAAAACUUCAAUCUGACAUAUCAUUAUCAACAAAUGGUAACCAUAAUUUAUCUGAUCAAGAAGAUCAUGAAGACAAUAAUAGUCUAGAUGAUAUGAGUGAUAUUAACGAGUAG